AUGGCCCCUCUGGCAAGAUCGACAAACGCAUUUCCCUCCACUGGUACAUCAGUGCCCGACGGAGGCAGCAAGCCGGGUGACCGACAAAGAUAUCAUGAACUUGACGCUUUCAAUGCGUACAACCGUUCUUCGCCAGAAGAAGGCACAAACAAUCCUGGCGGAGACGUUCAUCGGGUCCACAAUGCCGGGGAAGAAGGUAACGAAGCCGCAAGUAAAGCAAGGGUCAGUCUGGGUAUUAUCUCAGGAGCAGCGCAUCAGGUAGGAGAGGACGACGAUGUGGGUGGAGAGAGUGAUAACGAGGCUCCUCAAAACGAGAUACACUCCUGGGCCCGUCGCUCUGCUAUGUCUUUCCGUGCGCCAGAAUUCUUCCCUCCCUCAUCCCCCCCAGACAAUCAACCCCCAUCGCCCAACGAUUCUGAUUUGCUGAAUGAUCUCGAUGACGCUUCCGCCAUGGGGACAGGAUGGUAUGAGGAGUUUGGUGUACCGCCAUCCUCGUUCAACCUAAACCCUGUAUUAGAGUCCACUAUGGAUGCGAUACUCGAGAGAAUCUUCAGUGGGCAAGAUCCUCUUCCGUUUAUGGAGUCUGAGGGAUUGUCUAGGAUGAAGGAAGGAUCGGGGGAUACUAGGGGAUGA